GGAUUAGAAGGGGGUCGGGGGGGAGUGGAGGCAGGGCUCCUGGGUCCUCAACUCUCUCUGUGUGUGUUUGUACGUACUGUGGAUUUUAUCAAGGAGUCAGAGAACUUAUGACCUGCCCCUUUGUGGGCAGUUUCCCCGUCGAUCCUUAGAAAUUCUUCUGAGCAUUGUCCUUGAGGGAUCCAAUAAAUGCAUCACUGAACAGAAAGCCGUAUUGGUAUAAUUUUCCUACAAGAUGACCCAGGCCGAAAUCAAGCUUUCUUCCCUCUUGCUCCGUGAACAUUUUGGUGAGAUCGUGGAAAAGAUUGGGACACACCUCAUUCGCAUGGGUGGCCAGCCAUUACGGAUGAUAGCUCACGACACUGGGAUGUCACUCGACCAGGUUCGGAAGGCCCUCUGUGUCCUCAUCCAACAUAACCUGGUGAAAUACGAGCUGCAGAAGCGAGGCCUGGUGGAGUAUGAAGCCCAGUGCAGCCGAGUGCUGCGGAUCCUUCGCUACCCUCGCUACAUCUACACGGCCAAGACACUCUACAGCGACACGGGUGAGCUGAUUGUGGAGGAGCUGCUCCUCAAUGGUAAAAUGACCAUGAGCGCCACGGUGAAGAAAGUGGCCGAUCGGCUGACGGAAACAAUGGAAGAUGGGAAAACGAUGGAGUACAGUGAAGUCUCCAACACAUUCGUACACCUAGCAGACACUCACUUUGUUCAGAGAUGCCCGUCGGCCCCUGAAGGUCCAGAGCCAUCAGCUGCCCCGCCUCCUCCUGCGCCCACGUUGGUAUUUAACGAGAAGGACAUGUAUGUGGUUCCAAAACUGAAUCUCGUAGGGAAGGGGAAGAGGAGGCACUCUGACAACACUGAAGACAAUGGCUAUCACAAAGCAAAACGACAAAAGCAGGACGCAGACAGCAAAGAGCCUCCAUCAGAUGACGGAAUCUACUGGCAAGUCAACAUUGACCGUUUCCACCAGCACUUCCGAGAUCAAGCAAUUGUCAGCGCUGUAGCCAACAGAAUGGACCAGACCAGUAGUGAAAUUGUGCGGACAAUGCUGCGCAUGAGUGAAGUCACAACCUCUUCCAAUGCACCAUACACCCAGCCCCUGUCUUCCAACGAGAUAUUCCGGUCGCUUCCAACUGGUUACAACAUCUCCAAGCAGAUUCUUGAUCAGUAUCUUACUCUGUUAGCAGAUGAUCCGCUGGAAUUCGUUGGGAAAGCGGGCGAGAGCGGUGGAGGAAUGUAUGUCAUCAACCUUCAUAAGGCCCUGGCGUCUCUGGCCACUGCAACGCUGGAAUCAAUCGUUCAGGAAAGAUUUGGGUCGCGCUGUGCCCGCAUCUUCCGCCUGCUCCUGAGGAAGAAGCAUCUGGAACAGAAGCAAAUAGAAGACUUCGCAAUGGUCCCUGCCAAGGAAGCAAAGGAAAUGAUGUACAAAAUGCUGUCGGCUAACAUUGUAGCCCUUCAGGAAAUCCCCAAGACCCCCGAUCACGCCCCUUCCCGGACUUUCUACCUCUAUACAGUGAAUACUCUCUCCUCAGCGCGGAUGCUGCUCCACCGCUGUUACAAGAGUGUGGCCAACCUGAUAGAAAGGCGGCUACAUGAGACCAAGGAGAACCGGCGUUUGCUGGAGAAGUCUCAGCGGGUGGAGGCCAUCCUCGCCUCAAUGCAGGCCACGGGGGCAGAGGAGGCACAACUCCAAGAGAUUGAGGAAAUGAUCACAGCGCCUGAACGACAGCAGCUGGAGACCCUCAAGCACAAUGUGAACAAGAUUGACGCGAGUGAAAACCAAGUGGAUGAAACCAUCUUCAUUCUGGAAUCACACAUCAACAGCACCAUCAGGAACUGAGCACCUUCCUCUCUGCUGCCUUGUGGCUGACUGGAUAACUCUUCCUCUCUGAGGAAUGACUUCAUCUUCCCAUCGCAAGCUGGGCUAAUUAACUGGAUGUGAGGAGUUUUUCAGUCACUGUAGCUGUUUUAUGUCUGUAAUUUUCACAAAAGAAAAUAAAAAGACAGACUUGUUGA